UCUUGAUGUCCCUGCUCUUUAGUAUCUCGACAGUUUCGUCCGAUGAUCUAAACUCAAUACUUCAUGCUCCGCCAAGCUGCUCGAGGAGCUCGGUGGUAUCAAUAUGUGGCCCACAAAAGCCCGUCGAUUACGUCCUCGUCUCGACUGCGAGCCUUCUCCAUUCUAGCGCCACAGCAUCUACAUUAUGGCGGAAAAGAUGACAAAAUUCGCUUCUACGAGCAGGAUACGCGAGGGAGUAAGACCAGGAGGGAAAUCGAUCCGGAAGCUGAAGAUCGCGCAGCGAAGGAAGAGGUGGAGAGUGAGCUUUCGCAGCUCGACAAGGAAUUAGAACACCUGAGAGAAGGCCCUUAUGGUCCGAAUAGCGCCUUCAUGAGAGAGUUGCCGGAACAUGAAAGGAAGAUAGCGCUUGAGGCCCUUCAAAAACAUGCAGAGGAGACAGGUGAAGCUGAUGACGACUUGGGUCUCGAUAAGGUCUUCGAUGAGGAGCUGGACAAUAUGCUCAGGGAAGAGUUUGAAGGCAUGGCAAUGGAGGAAGAAAAUUGGCUGUCGGAAGCGGAGGAGGAAGGCUCUAUGGAAACACCGGCGCUGAGACAGCCCUACGAAGUGACAUUGAACGACGCAGAAUCUCAUCCUUACGUCGAGAAGCUCAAUGAGUGCCUCAGACGAUUGGCAAAUGACCAUUCUAAUGAACGUGCUAAGCAAGAACUGUGGAAGUGGUAUCGUCGCUGUCGACAAGUUAUCCCCAAUUUCCUCCGAUCAAUUCCUGAAGAGGCAUUGACCAUGAUGUGGGAGUCUCAGGCGAAUGGGGAAUUGACGCGCGCUUCUCGCGCGACUCGGCUACAAGCCUUAGCUGAAGACACAGUUUCCGCAGGCAGAUCUCUUCCUGCACCCCGUGCCCUUUUAUACAUACAGUCACUUCAGGAAAGUGGCAAAAUAAACUCGGCACUUGACCAGUGGGAGGCGUGUCAGUCAUCCCUUUCCCAGAAUAAGGAAGACCUUGAGGCAUAUUGGAAACUUGGAGUACAGCUCUUCGCAGCUGCAGAUGACCCGCAGCGAGCUCAAGAUAUUGCCUUAGCGUUCUUGGCCAACGAUAAAUCGCGCGAGCCCCGUAUCCUUCUUCCGGUCAUCACAGCCUGGGGAAGACAGCCCGGGAAAGAAGCCGAAGUCAAGGCAUGGGCUUUGUACUUGCAGCUCAAGGCAUUGCUAGAGUCCAAAAUGACGAUGGAAGACUAUGACUUCGUUAGCAUUGGACUGCUCAAGGCGGGCAAACUCAACCUUGCCAUAACCGUUUUCAAGGACAUGAUGGUGACCGCUCAAGAUCCCGCAAACGACUCUACUGCUCUUUAUAAGGCCGCUCUGGGUCUAGUAGGCAAUCUGCAGAUGUCCAGCAUUCGUGAACAGGACGUCAAUAAGAUAUCGCUUUCGACUCUGACCGUUUUACCUCGGCGGUUCCAGAACCGAUUUUUCUAUGCAAGCUGGAUGAAGAAGCUUAUCGGAAUGGGCGAGGUUGACUCCGCUGCGAUGGUGAUUGAGCUGAUGUACGAACGGGGUGUCAGACCAGACUCUAAGCAUUUGAAUGGAAUACUUGCUGCGUGGCUUCGCGAAGGGAAUGCCAUUGCGCGAGCCAAGGCUGAGCAACUGGGGUGGGCCAUGAUCCAGCAGCGCAUUGACUUGGUAUGGUCACGGGUCGCAUCGCCUGAGAAAUCUCCUCAGCUCCAAAUACAUCAGGAGACAGAUGGCGCUCGCAUUCCAAAGUUCAUGCAGAGACAGGUGCCCUCAGCAAACAUUGAGACCUUUUCGAUUCUUCUACUCCAUUAUACCCGUAAGGGCGAUGAUGACAUGGUCAAGUAUCUAGUCAAAUGCCUUGGGGAUGCUCAAAUCCGGCCGAAUUGUUACUUCAUGAACCACCUUCUAUAUGCUGAGCUCAGAAAACAAGAUAUUCGGUCCGUUUGGGACAAGUUCAAAGCCAUGUCUGUUUCAAUCAAACCAGACCUGGAGACAUACGCCUGCCUAUGGGACUGUGGCAAGCUUCAAUAUGACAGAGGCCGGACAGCCUUCGACGCAGGGUUUCCAUCCGCGCGCUGUUUGUUUGCAGAGAUGAUGAAGUGGUAUUCUCAGCUCACUCCACGCGGCAAGUCCACUGCGCAGGAGGAAUUCUCUAAAGAGCUCUACGACCAGAUCAUUCGCUGUUUCUGUCUCUCCAAGGAUCUACCCGGCACUCUGGUUGCGCUGUAUUCACUCAGGGCAGCCUUUGGUUAUUCCCCCGACGAGGUGACUGCCCGUCUGAUCAUCCUGCAAGUUGCGCGCAUGGCCGGUGUUCCAGCGGACACGCCUAAGCGUCGUCUACGGCGUUUGUCCACCACCCCAAGGAGCAAAGAGAACAUUGCACAGGUUAACCGACUCGUCGAGAUCCUGAGCGAGCGCAAAGCGGCCGGUCUGCAAGCGCGAGGCCUGAGUCCCGACCAGCUCGAGCCUCAGGAGAAGCAACAAUACCAAUUGGAGAUCAUGAGUGAUCUACUACGCAUCGUCAUAGCUCGAACGGCUACCGCACCUGGUCAGAUUGAGGAUCAGAUAGCGAAGGUUGCUGUCGAGAUGGGCGUGUCUGAUGUUGAUCUCGGGUCUUCAUUGGAUGACGAUAGUUUGCUUCUCUAAACUUGGUGAGGGUCAUGAGCUACUAGCACUGGUGCCAUCACCAUCAUGUCAUCGGAUUUGUACCAUUAUGGCGGCGGACAAUCAUCACAGGCAUAUAGAAUGGCGUUUGGGUGCGAUCCGGAAAAUUUACUUAGCUUUGUUGUACAUUAGUUUAGCCAUAUAUACUAGUUUAGCCAUAUAUACUCUCUCC